AGCAGAUACAAUGGAGAAAAAGUGUUUAAAAUGUGGAAAAAAUUUAGGAGGAGUUGUUCAAGGGUUGGGAAUAUUCGUUGAAUAUGGUGUACAUAGAAUGAUAAAAGCGGCUAUAACAACAUCUGAGAAAGUGAAUAUUCAGUUAGGUAUUGAAUCAGGCAAAGCGAGUGCGUUGUCGAAGACAUUGAAGGAGUAAUAUAAAAAUUCGAUCUACGUAUUAUAGGUGGUGUUCCAUUGGAAAAUAUUAUUAAUGUAUCAAUUUUCAAUAAAAGUGUUUAUUUUUCAAAAUAUUUUGGAGCAAUACAAUAAAAUGUGUGUGUAUAUAGCUACUCGAGAAAGUAGACUUCUUUGCUCUAACGGCACAUUCAUUAAAUGUUGUGACCCUACUAUGGUUAUAUCAACUAAGAAAAAUAGUGUUGCACUUAAAUCUGGUGAAGUUGCUACUUCUAAUACUGCAGAAUGUACUCUUGGAUUUAUAGCUAAAGAUAUUGGAAAGGUUAAAAGAACUGGUGCUAUUUUAUCUAAUCCUAUUUUAAUUUCGAUAAUAGUACUAGUGGGUAUAGCCCCUAUACCUUUAAUUAUAUAUUUAAUUUUACGUAACUUUAAAAAAAAAAAAAUGAGAAAAAAAUUACAAAAUAUAAAAUUAUUAAAUGAAUAG